AUGGCGGAUUCGAGGCCAAGGCCGAGAAGUUCAAGAAAAGCAACGUCGGGUGCGGCUUCGCGCAAAUCGGGAAAUUCAAGAGCAUCAUCACCAGCACCCUUGGAACGAUUGGUGUCUGGUACUCAUCUCAACGACCAUGGAUAUCACUACUAUGACCCAGAUCACCAUGAGAAAGAACACAUGGAGGGAAGCAGUGGUGAAGAAGAUGCAACCGAAGAAAAAUCCGAGGCGUCAGAUUUAGAACACGAAUCAAGUACAGACAUCGAGCCCGAAGUACAAGAUGGAAUCGAAGAUCAAAGAGACAGAGAUCUGGAAUCACCAAGACCAAAAUUAGAAAAGACCAAAUCCGCAAAAUCAGUCAAAGAUCCAAACUUAGUCGCCUGGAAAGGUCCCGACGACCCAGAAAAUCCUAAAAACUGGACUUUCAAACAUAAAUGGGCAGCGACCCUCGUCGUGUCCUCCUUUACAUUUAUCUCACCAGUCUCCUCUUCCAUGGUAGCUCCAGCCUUAACAGCCAUUGCACGAGAGUUCAAUAUCACCAACCAAGUCGAGCAAUCGCUAACACUAUCAAUUUUCGUCCUCGCUUACGCGAUCGGCCCCCUAUUUCUUGGACCACUAUCAGAAAUGUACGGACGAGUCAUCGUUCUGCAAAGCUCCAACCUGCUCUAUCUCUUUUUCAAUCUCGGAUGCGGACUUGCCCAGACCAAAGGCCAAAUGAUCGCUUUCCGCUUUCUCUCCGGCUUAGGAGGAAGUGCACCCCUUGCCAUUGGUGGAGGAGUUCUAAGUGAUCUCUUCACACCAGAACAGAGAGGACGCGCAAUUAGUAUUUACAGUCUUGCUCCCCUUUUGGGACCAGCAGUCGGACCAAUAGCAGGUGGUUUCAUAACCGAAAACACAACAUGGCGAUGGGUCUUCUACGCAACCACCAUCGCAGACGCACUUAUCCAAGUAGUCGGUCUUUUUUACCUGCAAGAAACAUAUCCUCCAGUUCUUCUCCAGCGUAAAAAGAAACAGCUUAUCAAAGAAACCGGCAAUCAAGCGCUUCAUACCGAAUUUGACCGCCCAGACCGGACCGUCAUACAGACCCUCAAGAUCUCCCUGACCCGCCCAUUCAAACUAUUAGGCACACAGAUCAUUGUACAAGUCCUAGCCCUCUACAUGGCUUAUUUGUACGGCUUGAUGUAUCUUGUGCUAAGCACUUUCCCGACGCUGUGGGAGCAAGAAUAUAAUGAAUCCGUCGGUAUAGGCGGUCUGAAUUACAUCUCCCUCGGUGUAGGCUUCUUCCUAGGAACACAAAUUUGCGCACCGUGUCAAGAUCGUAUUUAUCGAGCCCUCAAAGCGAGAAAUAAUGGAGUUGGGAAGCCAGAGUUUAGGGUUCCGUUGAUGAUUCCCGGAGCGUUGUUGGUGCCGACGGGACUUUUCAUUUAUGGCUGGUCGGCGGAAUAUAAGACACAUUGGAUCGUCCCUAACAUCGGAGCGGCUAUCUUUGCAGGUGGUGUGAUUGUCGGGUUUCAAUGUAUUCAAACAUACAUCGUUGAUUCCUACACACGCUAUGCCGCGUCUGCAGUUGGAGCAGCAACUGUCCUACGUUCUCUAGCUGGUUUCGGAUUUCCGCUUUUCGCGCCGUAUAUGUAUAAUGCCUUACAUUACGGUUGGGGCAAUAGCUUACUCGGUUUCAUCGCUAUCGGGCUUGGGUGGCCAGCACCUGUUUUGUUGUGGAAGUAUGGGGAGAAGUUGAGGAAGAAGAGUACUUUUGCUGCUGGCUAG